AUGAUAGCCUUUCCUCAGCUGCCGCCAAGCGCCAGCCCCACACUCGCCCACGCCAUAGGCUCCGAGCUCACCUGCAUCUACUCGGCCCUCAUUCUGCACAACAAUGAAGUGACUGUCACAGAGGGUAAGAUCAAUGCCCUCAUUAAAGCAGCCGGUAUAAAUGUUGAACCUUUUCGGCCUGGCUUGUUUGCAAAGGCCCUGGCUAACAUCAACAUUGGAAGCCUCAUCUGCAAUGUAGGGGCUGAUGGACCUGCUCCAGCAGCUGGUGCUGCACCAGCAGGAGUUCCUGCCACCUCCACUGCUACUGCUCCAGCUGAGGAGAAGAAAGUGAAAGCAAAGAAAGAAGAAUCCGAGGAGUCUGAAGAUGACACGAGCUUUGGUCUUUUUGACUAAACCUCUUUUAUAUAAUGUGUUUAAUA